CCGGUAAAGAGCAGCGUGGCGGGCAGCCGGCUGUGAGGGCCACCGGGAAGAGGACCUGCCACUGAGCCAGAGGAAACCCACCGGCCUUCGGCGGAAGGAGCAGCGCCGAGACGCACGCUUGGCACCAUGACCCAGAGGCCCACCUUCGACAAGCCCAAAGUAGAACUGCAUGUCCACCUGGAUGGAGCCAUCAAGCCUGAAACCAUCUUAUACUACGGCAGGAAGCGAGGGAUCGCCCUCCCAGCUAACACGGCAGAGGAGCUGAAGAACAUCAUUGGCAUGGACAAGCCCCUGUCUCUGCCAGAGUUCUUGAGCAAGUUUGACUACUACAUGCCUGCUAUCGCAGGCUCCAGAGAAGCCAUCAAAAGAAUUGCCUAUGAGUUUGUGGAGAUGAAGGCCAAAGAGGGCGUGGUGUAUGUGGAGGUGCGCUACAGCCCACACCUGCUGGCCAACUCCAAAGUGGAACCAAUUCCCUGGAACCAGGCUGAAGGGGACCUCACCGCAGAUGAAGUGGUGGACAUAGUGGGCCAGGGCCUGAAGGAGGGGGAGCAAGACUUUGGGGUCAAGGUGCGAUCCAUCCUGUGCUGCAUGCGCCACCAGCCCAACUGGUCCCUGGAAGUGGUGGAGCUGUGUAAGAAGUACCAGCAUCAUACUGUGGUGGCCAUCGACCUGGCUGGUGAUGAGACCAUCAAAGGAAGCAGCUACUUCCCGGGGCAUGUGGAGGCCUACGAGGAGGCAGUAAGGAGCGGCAUCCACCGCACUGUCCAUGCAGGAGAGUCGAGUCCUGCAGAGGUGGUCCGAGAGGCUGUGGACACACUCAAAACAGAGAGGGUGGGACAUGGCUACCACACCCUGGAUGACCAGGCCCUCUACAACAGGCUGCGGCAGGAAAACAUGCACUUUGAGGUCUGCCCCUGGUCUAGCUACCUCACAGGUGCCUGGAAGCCAGACACGGAGCACGCUGUCAUUCGGUUCAAGAACGACCAGGCCAACUACUCACUCAACUCAGAUGACCCGCUCAUCUUCAAGUCCACCCUGGACACUGACUACCACAUGACCAAACAGGACAUGGGCUUCACCGAGGAGGAUUUUAAGCGACUGAACAUCAAUGCAGCGAAGUCCAGUUUCCUCCCAGAGGAUGAGAAGAAGGAGCUCCUUGACCAGCUCUACAGAGCCUACAAGAUGCUGCCACCUGCCUCUGGGCAGAACCCCUGAAGACAGCAUGGCCCCCUCUCCAAGCCCUCACCCUGUGGAUGGAGUCUUCACAACUCUGGGAUCAAGCAACAUUCUUACCUGUAUUCCUUCUAGGAAGACUGAUUUUAAGAGCUACUGAUGCUCUCAAGCCUGUAUAAACACAGAACUCGACAUGGCUGCAUCUCUCCUCUCAUUAUGUGCCUUGUCCAGGGACCAGGGCCCUUGCCAAUGGCAUGGAUGAUUCUGAAACCCUCCCCGUAAGGCAAUACUUGCUGAAAAUCUUGUGGGAGACCAACCUUAUACGUGACUGGGUUACACUCCUCGGCUGGUGCUGAGGCGCUCAGUCGCAGAGCUUUCCCCACCCUUCUUGGGUGCGAGGGUCACUGUCUCCUGCAUGGGUGUG